GCUAGCUGUGUACUGGAGGCAGGCUGGUGAACGUGGUGAGGCGCUGCAUGUGUGUGUACUGAAAGCAGGAUGCUGAGGCCAGUCACUCCAGUCAUUCUGCUCCACCUCCUUGCUGUUGUUGUUCAGAAAGGAGACAGUUCUCAGGACAUCCUCUACCCCUAUGGACCAGCCCACAGGGACCUGGAAACCCCUAAGAUGGACGACGGCAGUUCAACUGAAAUCAUUCUCCUCAUGCCGUUUGUCUUCUUCAACGUCCCCUACCGGUCCAUCUACGUCAACAACAACGGCGUGAUCUCGUUCAACGUUCAGGUGAGCCAGUUCACCCCCGAGGCCUUUCCUCUCAGCGACAGUCGCUCCUUCAUCGCUCCGCUCUGGGCAGACGUGCACAACGGUAUCCGUGGAGACGUCUUCUACCGGGAGUCCACCGAGCCUCAGCUGCUGGAGAGGGUCACGCAAGAUGUCCGGAAAUACUUCCAGAACCUUCCCACGUUCACCGCCACCUGGGUCUUUAUUGCUACCUGGCACCAGGUCACGUUCUACGGAGGCAGCCAGACCACACCGGUGAACACGUUCCAGACGGCGCUGAUCUCAGACGGGGCGGCUUACUUUUCCAUGUUCAACUACGGGGAGAUCAACUGGAGCACGGGCACAGCCAGUGGGGGGGACCCGCUCACGGGGCUGGGGGGUACGACAGCACAGUCAGGCUUUAACGGAGGCGAUAUCGGACAUUUCUUCAACCUGCCGGGGUCGCGGUCCAACGACGUGGUAAACAUGGAGCAGACCACCAACGUCAACCUGCCUGGGCGCUGGCUCUUCAGGGUGGACACUGACCUGAUCGAUCCGGCCAACGGCUGCAGCUUUAACGGGCGCUACUACCGUCGAGGGGAGAUCUUCUGGCUGUCGGACCAGUGUUCCCAGCGAUGCCGCUGUCUGGACCUGGAUAACCAGGUGUCGUGCCAGGAGGCCCCCUGCGGGCAGCUGGAGACGUGCGAGCAGCAGGAGGGCGCCUUCUACUGCCAGCCCACCCGCACCAGCACCUGUGUGGUGUUCGGGGACCCGCAUUACCACACCUUCGACGGCUUCCUGUACCACUUCCAGGGCACGUGCUCCUACCUGCUGGCCCGGCCGUGCUGGGAAGUUGCCGGCCUGCCCUUCUUCAGCGUGGAGGCUAAGAACGAGAACCGCGGCAUGGCCACCGUGUCCUGGCUCCGCGACGUGACCGUGGAGGUGUACGGCCACCGCGUCACCCUGCCCAAGGGCUCCCCGGGGACCGUGCAGGUGGACGGGCUGAUAAAGACUCUGCCUGUCCAGCUCCAGCUCGGCGCCGUGAAGGUGUACCAAUCCGGCGUGGCCGUAGCCUUGGAAACUGACUUUGGUCUCCUGGUGACGUACGACGGGCAGCACUACGCCUCCAUCUCCCUCCCCAGCUCCUACUUCAACAACACCUGCGGCCUGUGCGGCAACUACAACGACGACCCCGCGGACGACCCGGUGCUUCCCGACGGCACGCUGGCUGAGAGCGUGGUGGAGCUGGGCGGCAGCUGGAGGGCGGAGGACGCAGACUGGCGAUGCACGGACGGCUGCGCCCAGAACUGCAGCCUGUGCGAACCGGCCACCGAGGCGUUCUACUUCCGCUCGGACUACUGCGGCCUCAUCAACAAGACGGACGGGCCGUUCCGGGACUGCAGGGCGGUAGUGGACCCCACGGCGUUCGUGUACAGCUGCGUGUACGACAUGUGCAGCAACAGGGACAACAUCACCACGCUGUGCCAAGCCAUCCAGGCGUACGCUCUGGCCUGCCAGGCCCUCGGAGUCACUAUACGACCCUGGAGAACACGCACCUUCUGUGCCCUGACGUGCCCAGCAUCCAGCCAAUACCAGGUGUGCACCAGCGCCUGUCCCGCCUCCUGCUCAGACCUGACGGCUCACCUGUACUGUGCUCACCCCUGCACGGAGGGCUGCCAGUGCGACCCCGACCACGUCCUGAGCGGCAGCCGCUGCGUACGCCGCGACCAGUGCGGCUGCGAACGAGACGGCCUCUACCACCACCUGAACGCCACCUUCUGGGCGGGGCCGGGCGGCGAGGUCGGGGAGUGUUCCCUGCGCUGCGUGUGCGGGCAGGCCGGGGAGAUCGCCUGCUUUAACGACUCGUGCCGGGAGGGGGAGGUGUGCGGGGCUGAGCUGGGCCUCUUGGGCUGCUACCCUCGCAGGGAGGGGUCCUGCUCGCUGGGGCAGAGUCAGGUGCUGGCCUCCUUCGACGGAGCCUCCCUGCCCUUCCAGGACGACAACUCCUACUACUUGCUGAGAAGCUGCGGCGCGGCGCCGCCCAACGUGUCGGCGGUGGAGGUGAAGAUGGGCCGGCGGCUGGCCAACAAGGGGCCGACCUGGCUCAGACCCGUGGUGGUGCGGGUCGCCAACCUGGAGGCCCAGAUGGGAGGCUCCGACUUCGACAUUGUGAAGCUGAACGGAGAGCCGGUCUUGCUGCCCUACAUCCACCCCCUGGACACCCUGAUGAUCUACCGCGCCCACGGCAACGCCACGGUGGUGGAAUCCAACGGCCUGCUCCGCGUCCGCUACACGCGCCAGGGCUUCCUCAACAUCAGCCUGUCCACACUCUUCUUCAACGCCACCUGCGGCCUGUGCGGCGUCUUCAACGGCAACGCCAGCGACGAUCUGCGUCUGCCCAACGGGCGCCUGGCCGAGUCCGUCGAGCUCUUCACCGACGGCUGGCGCGCCAUCGCCGACGACCUCACUUGCAACGGCGACUGUGAUGACCUGUACCGCAUGUGCACCGACCUCAGGCUGUACCAGAGCUCCUGGAUGUGCGGCAACAUCAACGACCCGGGGAACAGCUCCUUCCUGGUGUGCCACGCGGCCGUCAACCCCUCCCCGUUCUUCAGGAACUGCCUGUACAACAUGUGCGUGAAGGAGGGGAACCGCUCCGCCCUGUGCUCCUCACUGCAGGCCUACGCCUCCGCCUGCCAAGACGCUCAGGUGGGCCUUGCACCCUGGAGGAGCGCCACCAACUGCCCCCUCCCCUGCCCCGAGAACAGCCACUUUGACGAGUGCACCCACGCGUGUCCCCUAACCUGCGCCAACCUGGACCUGCCGGCGGAGGAUCCCUGCCCCCUGCCCUGCCAGGAGGGCUGCCAGUGCGAGGAGGGCUUCGCUCUGAGAGAGGGCCUCUGUGUGGCUAGGAGUGACUGUGGCUGUGUCAGUCAGGGACACCAGCUGGACACCAACCAGACCUUCUGGACCGACUGGGAGUGCCAGGAACGAUGCUUCUGCAACGGCUCGGACAACAGCGUGUCCUGCGUGCUGGCGCCCUGCGCGCCCCAGGACUUCUGCCAGGAGACGGACGGCCUCUUCUUCUGCCAGCCCCGCACCGAGGCUAUCUGCGUUGCCGCCGGCUACAGCCACUUCCUGCCGUUCGGCGGGGUGCCCUUUGAGCUGCAGAGCUCCUGCACCCUGAGGCUGGCUACCACGUCUUGCGGGGGCAGGGAGGGGCAGGCGGAGGAGGACGGGGACCAGUUUAGGGCUGGGACCUCCAGCUCCUUUCCUGAAUUCAAACUCAUGGCCCGCAACGAGCAGAGAGACACUGGCCAGGCCAUCUGGGUGAGGGGGUUCGUCCUGGACGUGUACGACUUUGAGAUCGAGGUGUCUCGGAGCUACAAACACACUGUUACGGUGAACAAAGAGCGUCUGCACAUGCCCGUGAAGCUGGGAUCGGGCAAGAUCAACAUCUCCUCCCUGGGCAUACAGCUGGUGCUGGAGACAGACUUUGGGCUGAAGGUGGCCUUCGACUGGAACACCCUCCUCUUACUCACGCUGCCCCGCAGCCUCUACAACAGCACCUGUGGCCUGUGCCAGGGCCUGCCUCUCUCCGCGCCCGUGCUGAGCACCAGCGACUGGGGCAUGGCCUGGGCCGAGAGGGACUCCUUCUGCCAGGUGGGGUGCGGCGACUCGUGCCCGCGCUGUGGCGUGCCGGAGGCCGUGAGGCUGUGCGGGCUGAUCGUGGACCGGGGGGGCGUGUUUGCCCGCUGCCACAGCAAGGUGGCGCCAGCGUUCUUCUACCAGAGCUGCCUGCAGGACACCUGUCUGGACCAGGGAGCCAGGGACACCAUCUGCAACUGGCUGCAGGUGUACGCCAGCACCUGCCACACCCAGGGGCUGCUCGUGGUUGGCUGGAGGAUCGACACGCCCUGUGUCCUGUCUUGCCCGGCUAACAGCCACUACUCCAGCUGUGUGCCGGUGUGCCAGCCGCAGUGUGCCCCUGCACGUGGCCAGAGGGACUGCAGCCCGGACUGUGUGGAGGGCUGCCAGUGCGACCCCGGCUUUGUCCUCAACGGCAAGAGCUGCAUCCUGCCCCAGAACUGUGGUUGCUACACCGACGGGAAGUACUUUGAGUCGAAGCAGCUGUUCUGGAACAGUGACUGCACCAAGCGCUGCCAGUGCAUCGGCCGUAACCUGGUCCAGUGUGACCCGCGGCGCUGCAAGGCGGAGGAGGAGUGUACUCUGAGGUACGGGGUGAGAGGCUGCUUCCCUCGGCGCUCCCAGCACUGCGUGGCGUCUGGGGGAGGGGUGUUCAGGACCUUCGACGGGGCGUCCCUGCGCUUGCCCGCCUCCUGCUCAUUCGUCCUGUCCACCAACUGCCACAAGCUGCCAGACCUCUCCUUCCAGCUCAUCGCCAACUUCGACAAGUGGAGCACGCCUAACCUGACCACCAUCUCCCACGCUUACCUGUACAUCAACGAGGAGAACAUCCUGAUCUCUGGCAGCACCGUCAAGGUGAACGGGACUCCGGUGACCGUGCCCUUCGUCACGGGGCUGAUGACACGCGUGUCCACGGCAGAGGGUUUCCUGGUCAUCGACACGCCGCUGGACAUCCAGGUGCGCUACAAUCGCUUCAACACCCUGAGCAUCACCAUGGGUCCUCGCCUGCACAACAAGGUGUGUGGGCUGUGUGGCAACUUCAACGGGGACCCCAGCGAUGACUUCAUCACCUCCAGGGGCAAGCCUGCCGUCAGCGCGCUGGAGCUGGCACAGAGCUGGAAGACCAACGGCAUGCAGAACAGGCCCCCCCUCCACAGCUGCGAUGAGACCCAGUACGUGGCUCUGGCCCAGUCCUGUGAGAACACGGCCGUGCUGGGGCUGCAGGGGGAGGACGGCUGCCAGAAGCUGACCCAGACCAAGGGCUUCUUUCAGCCCUGCCACGGCCUGCUGGACCCAAGGCCCUUCUACCAGUCCUGCUACCUGGACGGCUGCUACAACCACCGCAAGGCCCAGGUGUGCGGCUCGCUGGCGGCCUACGCAGAAGCCUGCCGCUCCCUGGGAACACUCACCACCAAGUGGAUCACCCAGGAGAACUGCUCAGAAUGGAUCUAUGACCCCUGCGCAGGAGAGAUCUGCACCAACAACACCUGCGAGCAGGAGAACGGAGGAGAUCUUUGUGGUUGCCCUGAGCUGCCUAGCAACCCAGGGGGAGAGGAUGACAUCCUGCAGGCUGAGGUAACCUGUAAGCACGCCCAGAUGCAGGUGUCCAUCUCCAAGUGCAAGCUGUUCCAGCUGGGCUUUGAGCGGGAAGACGUGCGCAUCAACGACCAGCACUGCCCCGGCAUCGAAGGAGAAGACUUCAUCUCUUUCCACAUCAACAACACCAAGGGACACUGUGGUUCAAUUGUCCAGUCGAACGGCACUCACAUACUGUACAAGAACACGGUGUGGAUCGAGAGCGUUAACAACACAGGCAACGUCAUCACCAGGGACAAGACUAUCAAUGUCGAGUUCUCCUGCGCCUACGAACUGGACCUCAAGAUCUCCCUGGAGACCGUGCUCAAACCCAUGCUCAGUGUGAUCAACCUAACCCUGCCCACCCAGGAGGGCAACUUCAUCACCAAGAUGGCCCUGUACAAGAACUCUACCUAUCGGCAGCCGUACCGGGAGGGGGAGGUAGUCCUGAGCACCAGGGACAUCCUGUUUGUGGGCGUGUUUGUGGAGGGAGCGGACGAGAACCAGCUCAUCCUCAUCGUCAACAUGUGCUGGGCCACGCCGUCUCGCUACAGCAGUGACCGGCUGAGAUACAUCAUCAUUGAGAGAGGGUGUCCCAACAUCAAAGACAACACCAUUGGCAUGGCAGAGAACGGCGUCUCUCUCACCUGUCGCUUUCACGUCACCGUGUUCAAGUUCAUCGGCGACUACGACGAGGUGCACCUGCACUGCGACGUGUCUCUGUGCGACUCUGAGACCAACGCCUGCAAAGUGAACUGUCCACACAACAGGAGAAUGUACUCUGAGGACAGUGAUCACAAGGAGCACAUCCUGUCUGUGGGCCCCAUCAGGAGGAGAGAGUCUGACUGGUGCGAGCAGGGUAACGGAGGGUGUGAGCAGAUCUGCAGCAGUAAGGGAGCGGGGCCAGUGUGCAGCUGUGUGACUGGGAUGCUCCAGAGAGAUGGCAAGACCUGUCGAGCCGUGGGCUCCAGUGGGUUUCUGCACCCCCAGGUGUGGUGCUUGGCUCUGGGCUUGGGGCUGUCCGUGCUGACCGCCCUCCCACGCCUCCUCUGCUAGCCCCAGGGCGGCAGGCAGCCGUGGAAACAGAGAUGCACCAGGAGGAGAGAGAUGUGGAGCACAAGUGAAUGUUGAAUGUAGAGGAGCUGACGACAUGAUCACUUCGUACUCCCUCUUACUUCCUGCACCCUUCUUUGAUCUCACUUCCUGUUUCUUCUCACUUCCUGUUUCUUCUCACUUCCUGGUCCCUCUCACUUCCUACUCUUCCUCUCACUUCCUGCUUCCUCUCACUUCCUGAAGAGGCCAGCUGCAGCUCUGAGCGCGUGCAGUAAGCAGUGCCCAGGCCUAACAGCCCCCCUGGAUCAUAUGGGGAGAAUCCUUCUAAAGACAUUUUUACUCAUGUAGAAUGUAGCCAUCCAGAUGAGCAAUGGUAUACUCCACAAAACGGCUGUAGAAAUGAUUGUAGAUGCAGAGCAUGUUUAGAAAGGUUUAGCUUGUCCUGCUUUGGCCUUAGAUGGAAAUCCUGAUCUUCUGUAUGAAAUUCUUAUUUAUGUGUGAUGUCAGAAACGGUUGUGAAUUGACCACAAUCAUCCUUUCUCACCCUGUGUGCAAGUGGAUGAGUUUGUUGGUAUUACAUUCACCACAUAUUUUUUGUAAUCUCAUCAUUUUUAUCUUUUAAGAUGUGCAGAACAGAAAGUCAUUCAGAUGUUACCAAGCCAAUUCUUUUUGAUUGCCAUUCUAUCUAGUCCCCAUACCAAAGUGUUUUUUAUUUUGUACUUAUUUCUUAAUUAUCCAGAAUAACAGGUGAAUAACGUUUUUAAUUGAUCUUGAUUAUAUUGCACAUCAUUGACAGAGACUCAGUUGUGGUAUGGCCCUCCUAUUUGUGCAGAUACUGCCUUCACCCUACCCCUGCAUUUACCUGUCCCUACCCUGCCCCUGCCUCUACCCUGCCCUCCGUCUAACCCUGCCCAAUCCCUUCCCUGCCUCUAACCCUUGACUCUUCCCCUGCCUCUAACCCUGUCCCUGCCUCUAACCCUGACAAGAGCAAGGUUUGCAUGUCAUCAAAAAGUGUGCGCUAUUCCAUUGAGAGUUGUUUGGGGACAUCUUGUUACAUUUUCACUAUGUACAAAAUGUACAGUUUAAAUUGAUAUGAUUCUUUUUAUAUGAUACUGUAUG